CCCACACUAACCCCCUGCUCCUGGAGUUCGCCAAGGUGGGACACGUUUCUGUUCCUUACCUUCGCUUCUGGUGUUCAAGAUGAACGAGGAAGCCACGGUGGCACUUCCAUGUUGGGCAGAAAAUUUACACCUGCACCACGCCCCCCACCACUCCCUGAGGGAAUGGCUCAGAUGGUUGGUGUAGAGCCCGAAAACUAGAAGUGAAUUUGGAAAUAGCUGAUAGACAGGAGAGGCAAACACGAGAUCGCGGGGUGACCCGAUCCAAGGCGGAGAAGGCGCGGCCGCCCACGGUGCAGGUGCCGCAGGUGGACAUCGUGCCUGGGCGGCUCAACGAGGCCGAGUGGAUGGCACUCCUGGCCCUCGAGGAGGGCGAGGACGUGGUGGGGGACAUCCUGGCGGACCUGCUGGCCCGAGUCAUGGACUCCGCCUUCCAAGUCUACCUGACUCAGCAGUGCAUCCCGUUCACCAUCAGCCAGGCCCGGGAGGCCAUGCUGCAGAUCACCGAGUGGCGCUUCCUGGCCCGGGACGAGGGCGAGUCUGCGGUGGCGGAGGACCCCACGUGGGGCGAGGACGAGGAGCCCACGGCGUGCACCACAGACGCUUGGGCUCAGGGCUCGGUGCCUGUGCUGCACGCCCCUGCCUCGGCGGGGCCGGAGGAGACCUUCCUAGAAGAUGAAGGAAGCGUGGACCAGAUCCCUUUAGGAAGAUCUUGGAUGGGUAGAGGCUCCAAGGAGCGGAUGGCGCCUUGGGAGCGGUCUCCGGAGCCGAGGGCCUCCCUGGGCCCCCCGCCCACCCCGGAAUUGUUUACGGAGGCAGGACCCGGGGGACCUUUGGAGGAGCUGGAACAACAGGCGAGAGACUACUUCUCUUCCGCCGGGUCCUUGAACGCGAGCUUCCAACCGCCGGCGGAGAUAGUGCCGGUGCACAGGCCCCAGCCUACUCUGGAGUUGGCCCUGGUACCCAGUCCCCAGACGUCGGCCGCGAAGGUGCGCCCCCCCAGCUCCCAGUUCUCGCUCGAGGACCUCUACCUUUGCGUGCCCCAGCAGGACGGGGCCGGAGACCGGGUGGAGGUCAAGAAGGAGGAGGUCCUCCCCGCCGCCUCGGGUUUAUCGGUGCCCUGCCCCUCCGCGAGCCCCUCUAUCCCGCUCAGCACCUCAGCGUCUUUCGGGUCGCAGCAGCCGGGGCGCGGGGACGCGCGGCUGAGAGCGCAACCCAACAGGGGGGCCCGCAAGGCAGCCUUGGUGCGCCUGGACCCCGCGCGGCUGCCGCGCCACUGGGUGCGCCCCCUGGCUGAGAUCCUGGUUCCAGACGCAGAGGCGAGCCCCCUCGAAGCCUACCGCGGGCGCCAACGGGCGGCGAAGGCCCGGGCCCGGGCCAAACCCCGAUUCCACCGCCUCGGUGGCCGCGUGCCUCUCACAGCUUUCUUCCCUCGUCCGCCUAGCGCUCCUCUCCGUGCGUUGGGCCCUGGUCCUGGACUCCAGCUCCCCACUCUAGACUUAGGCCUAUCGUCGCCAGCCUUCGGGUCGAAGCUGUCCUUCCCCAGCCCCGGGAUCCGCUUCCUGGCCACGCACCCGGCGUUGUCCAACGCGACCCGCGGCUCCGGCCCCAAGCGGUGGCCUGGCGCCAAGUGGCCUAGCGGCUGGGAGGGGGAGGCGGAGCUGCUGGGCGAGCUGUGGAGGCGCCACGGUCGCGCGCCUCCGAAAGGCCUGGACCCUGCCGAUCGCGAGGGCCAGGAUCUUCAUGCAGAGCCGCGGGUCCUCGAGGCCACGUCCCAGGUGAUGUGGAAGCCCAUACUGUUGCCAGAUACCCUGAAGCUGGCUCCCGGUGUGAGCCUGUGGAACCCGAACACCCAGGAGCUGCUCAGCGCUGCUGUGCCCCAGCAAAAGGACAAGGAAGACCACCCCUGUCCUCCCAAGGAGCAGCACCCCAUCCAGACCAGUGCCCCCAAGCCCCAGGUGACCACAGCGCAGCUAGUGAAGAACUCAGUCCCCAAAGUGUGGUGGCUCUCCUCCAAGCACCUACCCCAGUCUGGGUCCUGAGUCUCUCUGGCAGUGGAAGUGGAACUUCCCUGGGUCUGCUUGCCGAAAAUAAACAUCAGGGUUGCCUCAGGAAUUGGCUGAUGUCUCCUUUUCUUCACAGAUAUCUACUCUCUCUCUGAAUCUCAAGGGCA